AGCCACCACAAAUAUGGGGUGAAAUACGAGAUUUGUGAUAUAGUGCCGACGUGAAGUGUUCAAAAUAUCUCACUUCUUGAGAUAUUUUCGCAAAUAGAAGGUACGCUAUUAUUGGUUACGCAUUCACGCACAUAAAUAUUCAAUGUUGAAACAUCUUCACUCACUCCUUCACUUCAUCGAUCUUCAUAUAUUUGCGGCUAUGUUUUCGGACACGUGGCCACCCUCCUCAUCCACCGACGCCGUGAUUCUGGCUUCCGACAGCCCGAAGAAGCCGGCGGGGAGGAAGAAGUUCCGCGAGACGCGCCACCCCGUGUACCGCGGCGUCCGCUUGCGGAACUCCGGCAAGUGGGUCUGCGAGACGAGGGAGCCCAACAAGAAGUCGAGAAUCUGGCUCGGCACCUUCGCCACCGCCGAAAUGGCGGCGCGCGCGCACGACGUGGCCGCCAUUGCAUUGAGAGGCCGCGCGGCUUGCCUCAAUUUCGCUGACUCCGCGUGGCGGCUGCCCGCCCCGGCCUCCUCGAGCGCCCACGACAUUCAGAAGGCCGCGGCGGAGGCGGCCGUCGCUUUCCGCCCCCACUCGGCUGCGUUGGAGGAGAAUUCAUUUUUUGUGGACGAGGAAACUCUGUUAGGGUUGCAUGGGUUGCUUUCCGGCAUGGCGGAGGGGUUGAUGCUGCCGCCGCCGCCGCCUCUCUACAGUCACGACGCCCAAGUGGAAGCUGAAAUGCCACUGUGGAGCUACACUUGACAUUAAAUUCGUGUGUUACUCUUUUUUUAGCAAAUUAAGGAAAGUGAAAGAGGUCAACAAAUGACAUGUUCUUAAUAAAUAAACAUGCACCAUUGGCAUGUGA